AUGAUGAGAGCCGUUUUUAUUGCCUGCUUGAUUCUUCUUAGUACUACCUUUGCUUUUUAUACUGAAGAUGGGCCUGUAACAAUUCUCACGGAGAAGAAUUUUAAAGAACUUGUUUUGAAUAGUGGAGAUGUGUGGAUGGUGGAGUUUUUCGCUCCUUGGUGCGGACACUGCAAGGCGAUGAAGGACGAGUGGAUUAAGGCUGCCGGUGCAAUGACUGGCAUUGUUCACUUUGGUGCUGUGGACUGUACUGUGGAGCAGAGUCUGGCUUCUCGUUACCAGAUUCAGGGUUUUCCUACCAUCAAGAUUUUCAAUCCCUUGAACAACGCUCCUACUGACUACCAGAACCAGCGUGACGCCAAGUCCUUCUGCAAAGCUGCCUUUUCCGCUGCGAAGAGUCUCGUGUCCGCCCGUCUCUCCGGGAAGGCCGAGAUGCCGAAGCCUCGCCAGCAGGCGAAGGACGAGCCCCGUCAGGAGCAAACGGAGCCCCCCAAAGCGGCGAAAGCGCCGAAGCCGGUGGAAGUGAAGGAGAUCACGACGCAGGAGCAGUUCAAUAAGGCGUGCAUGGAAGCGACCUGCAUGCUUCUCUUCGUGCCCGACAUCCGCGACUCGACCAAGACGCAGCGCGAGGCGCUGAUCGCGACGGUGAAGGCGGUGGCGGACGCGCAGGUGGCCGGAUUGUUCGAAUACGGCUGGGUGGUGGGCGGCUCGCAGUACGAUCUGGAGCAGAAACUGAACCUCGGAUUCGGCUAUCCAGCUGUUGUGGCUAUUAGUGGGAAUAAGGGACGGUAUGCUGUGCAGACCGGAGCGUUCACGGAGCAUAAUCUGAACGUGUUUGUGAAGGGAUUGCAGAUUGGAUCCGUGCGCACCAAGCCGCUGCCCGAACUGCCCGCCUUCGUGGAGGUGCAGCCGUGGGAUGGAGAGGACGCGCCGGUCGUCGAGGAGGAAGAGGAUUAUGAGGAUGAGAUUUGA